GAGCACUGCUGCUGCCCUCCCACAGGGCUGUGACCUGCUGCUCAGGGUUGGCAAGGCGUUGCUCUCACCUUACCUUUUGCAGAUUGCUUUGACACUCAUUCUUAGUGCACAUCACCUGAAGAGCUCGGUGUCCCUAAAUGUGACUGCCCUGUGCUAGUGGGUGGUGAUGUCUGUGUGGGCUGUCCAGGGGUGAGCAUUGGUCCCUGGGCAGUGGGGCCAGCUUGGGGCUGGUGGCUGCAUGCCACUGUUAAUGUGAGGCCUGUGGGGAAAUUGAGGCAGCUGGGAGUUCUGACCCAGGAUUUGGGAAAUGGUGCCCACAGGUGCUGGUGGGUGCCUGAAGUUCUCAUGGUAGCUCGGGCACCACAGUGAGUUCUCUGGAGAUGUGGGGGCGAGUAAGGAGGGGAGAGAGAGAGCUGCUCUUGCCACUGCUUCUGUCUCCUCCCGUCCCAAGCAGGCUGCACCCCCUCUCCCUGUCCACACUCUCUUCUUGUUUCAAUUUCUUACUUUGGAGACCUGCAUUAAAUUUCUCCCAGCCCUCAGGGAGACCAGAAGGGAAUUCAGAUGCUGUAGGUAAAAGCUGCAGCAUACAAGCAGUAUUCCUUCUAGGAGAGUUUGUGUCACAACAGCUCAGCAGCUCACUGAUACAUCUCUUGGGCAUGCAACAGGAACCUGUGCAAACCCAGUGCAGCAAAGAGAAGGCAUGGAGGAGGAGAAGGCUGCUGCUGAGGCCAGCUCCUUGAGCCACUUGUAAAAUUCUCUUUGUUUAAGGGUCUUUGUGUGUGGCUAUUGGCGGAAUUUUCCUCUAUCUAGGGCAAGACAAGUAAGCUGAAUCUCUGGUUGCUUCUGCAAACCUUUCUGUUUCAGUCAAGUGGAAUCAGUGUGGCUCUUUAUUGAUUCUGAAUUGUGUCUUUCAUGUAUGUCUUGCAGUUCUGAACUGUUUGUAUGUACAAACUGAAAAGUAAAAACUCAAAACAUUGCAUCUACUUUUGAGAUAAAAUUUGACCCCGGAGCAAGGCAGAAUGGCUCCUUCCAGCCUUGAGGAUCGAGAUUAAGUUUCUCAGAGCUGGUGACCAUGCCCACCUGCUGCCAGCACCGAGCAAGGGAGCAAGGCAGCAGCACAGAUUGCUGGCCAGUGCCGCCAGCCUGUGCCCCUUCAUGUCCUGCAGGUGCCCUAUGCUGCAGGGACACAGUGCCGAUGGCACUGGGCCCCUGGGGCAGGGCUGGCCUGGCCCUGAGCUGCCUUUGGAGUUUGGAGCAGACAUCUGCAUCUUUGCAGACUGAAACUGUGCAGCCUAGAGUAAGAAAAUGUAACAAUUUCCCAGAUUCUUCCCUCUCCCUUCCAAAAGGGAUGCCUUGAGUUUGAGUUGACAAAGCAGUCUAUUUCUAACAAAAGACUAAUGAAUAUGGCAGCCCUUGCUCUUUUGCAAGUUUAAACACCCCAUCUUUCCUCAAAGAACAGUUCUAAAUCAUUUUAUUUGCAAGCCCUAAGCAGGAAUUUGUAUUCAUAGUAAGACACUAAUUGAGUUAAUUUAUUUAAGGCUGGGGUAUAAUUUCUAAUAGUGGAGGAGUCUCUAGGCCCAGUGCAAUUGUCUCCCUGAUAGGGCAUUAAUAUUCAAAGGGGUUAUAAUACUCUGUCAAUUGAUCUGUGUCUUUUAGGAAGUAGGUUAGCAGUUAUUGAUGGUCACUUGUGUGAAGGAUUAGCACAAAUAAAACUGGUACUUGGCAGACCAGUGCCUGCCCCCGGCCAGUCCCACACCCCGGCAGGGAGGGGCCCAGGGUCUGGGGCAGUGGAUCCGAAUGGAAUGUGGAGAAUGCGGAGGGAAUUUACCAGCACAUCUGGAGGGUGCUGCUGCCCUGCUCCGCGGGGCUGAGCUCCGGCAGCAGCAGGGGAACGCUGCAGUGCCUUGGUGUGGCUGCCAGGGCUGCUGCCCUCAGCGCUGGGCAGGUGUGCGCCUGACAGGACCUGAGCGAGGAGCGGUUGGUACAUGUUCAUCUUGACAGAUAGUCUGUGACUGAUGGCACUUGAGACAAAUAACGUGACCUCUGAGUAGCUUAAUUUCUCUGUUCUUAGAAGCAGGGAACAUUGUUAUUUCUUGAGUGAUUUAAAAUGAGGACAGUUCCAAAUUUGUUUGUUUGUUUGUUUUACUUGUUUUACUACUGUAUUAAAUUCCACAUUGCACUAAGAAACAUGGUGGUGAAUGGUCAUUAAAAUAAGGUAGUGUGGAAAGCAAUCCAGAUGAUAUACUUUUGUGCUUAUAUUGAGUAUUUAUUGAGGAAAACUGAACGUUGGUGUGGAAGGACAUGUAGCUGCAGUGCAGCUUUGACUGUGCUGCCUGCAAGAGCAAAAUAAAUGUCUCGGGUAAAUGUGGGCUGUUGAGGUGCUCAGGACAGUAUGUGGCUGGUUUUCCACCAAAACUUCUGCAGUGAGGAGUGUUUCACUGCCCUGCAGAAACACAUACUAAUGGAUGUGCAAGAUGAAUGAUAGUGUCUGAACUGUGCUCCUCGAGGCCUCAUCUCCUAUUUUUUCUUUAUGUUCCCAUCUGUCAGCAUAUUGUCGAAUCUUCAAUUAAUGCAUCACUGGCAGCUCCUUUCACCCUCACUCCCUCUCUUCAGCCCUGCCUGCUCCUUUCCGGUCCUGGGCAGGUGCUGCUGAGGCAGGUGCUCAGGCAGAGUGGAGACACAAUGCAGUGAUCCUGUCUGUCACUCCCUUCCUGCUGGGAGAGGUCAGUGAGUCCCUGCUGCUUCUGCCCUGCAGGAGUGGCCUGGGACACAGAGCGACUGCUCGAUGGCAGGAUUGAAUGCUGAGCUCCCCAGCUGUGCCUGCCAGCAUGGGACUGCAGGGGAAAGCCUUUGUCAUGGUCAUCAGAGAUGACCAAGGAAAUUAAUCCCAAAUGACCAGGGCAGCUGCACAGUUUAUUUGACAUUUACCUGUUACCUGGAAGCUUGGAAGAAAAAUUCUGAAGUGUUCACUAAGGAUUUUGUGGCCAUGUGUUUUCCAUAGCCUCUUGGUGUACUGACUAUGCCCUUGGUCACCAAACAGUGUUUAAGGCCACAUUUUUCUGUUAAAAUGAAACCUUUUUCUGGACAGAGAAACAUAAAUACACAACCUUAAUAUAAUUUCUUCCUAGUACAGGUAAUCUCUAAUGGAAGGCCCUGCCCUGUAACAGCAGGAUUGCCCUUGCAUUGACUGACACACUGAGCUGUGAAGAAAUGCUGUGGUUAUAUCAGCUCUGGGCACUGGUGUCACCUUCUUCUUGCCCAGGAGUACUUACAGAUUCCCAUUUCGCUGCCUCCCAGUCUUUGAUAUAUUUAUUGUCUUUACAGUCAUCCUGUGAAAAACAUGGGACAUUCAUCAGGGGUGCUCAUAAAAGGUUCCUUAGCUGAAGUUCAUGAAGUCGCUUACUUUAACUGAAGUCUAAUUUGUAAAAUUAAUUUCUUUCUACAAGUUUUUUAAACAACCUAGACCAACCUUCCUUCUUUUCAAUCAAAAUUGCUGUGAGUGGGUAAAUGAUUCUCUCUGGUCCUGCACUCUCACAUUAUAGUGAAGAGCCAUUGAGAACAUCUAGAAACAUCUGAGUACCAUUUCAGAGAAUGGCCUAGAAGAGCAAAGCCUUGUUGUAAAUGCAGAUGUGGGACAGAUAUUAGAGCGUAUUGUGUUUUGAGAAAAACCCAUCCUUUCUCCAGUGGAAUGCCCUGCAUUCAUAGUACUUGAAUGUUCAGGUGUUUUACUGACUCUGUGUGUGCAAAGUUGUUAUUUCCUGGUGUUCUGCUUGUCCCAUGGCACAGCAUCACAGCUGUCCAUCCAGCUGAGGAGGCAGAGUGUCCUCUGGGCUGUGGGGAGCUGCUACAGGAAGGAUCUAACCCAAGGAGAAAACUCAUGAUGUUUGGGUUCUUAUGGUGCAGCCACAUUGGAAGCUGAGGUCCUACAUGCCAUGUGCGAUGAGAGAUGUGCUAGGUCUGAAAAAAAGGUGUGUGAUUGAAGCAGCAUUUCCAGCAAGGAGCUGGAGAUUAGAGUGGAGCAGAGCACAGCUCAAAGCUGCCACUGUGGCACCUGCUCCUAGGCCAGCAUGAGCCAAACUUGGUUCCACUCCCAGAAAAGUCAACGAAACCCAUCUGAAGUGCAGUGACCUCUGCACGAUGAGUGGCUUGCCAGUGUUGCUGUUAAUAGUAGGCAUUUAUCCCAGGUACAGUCAAUGAAGCACAGAGUUACAGCACUUCUGUGAGGCUGGGCAAGGGAGCCUGGAACUAAAAGAGGCUGAAACUGCCAUCUGUAGCAGGCUUUCUCUUGGCUUCAGAGUCUGACUCUUCUGGGAACUACCCACACAUUUUCCUAUUUAAUCAAUCUCUUUCCAUGGUGCUAUUCUCAACAUCAGCUAAUUGCCAUCCCAUAGUGAUAGGAGAGGAGCUAGAAUUUGUCAAGGACUUCAAGACCUAUCACCAGGGUAUUUUAUGUGACAACCAGAGCAAAUACAGAAACAAUCUCCAGACAUGUUCUGCAGAUAUUUUUCCUUCUUCAGUCUGUGUCUUUUCCUUCCAACCCAAGGGAGAACCUGUACAAAUUGCAAUGAGUCUGGACAUUGCAAGUAUUUCUAGUAUAUCUGAGAGUGAGAUGGAUUACACUGCCACCAUCUCCCUGCGGCAGCGCUGGACAGACCCUCGCCUGGUCUUCCAUGGCAACAAGAGCUUCACGCUGGACGCUCGCCUGGUGGAGUUGCUCUGGGUGCCAGACACCUACAUUGUGGAGUCAAAAAGGUCCUUCCUGCACGACGUCACUGUGGGCAACCGCCUCAUCAGGCUGUUCUCUAAUGGCACCGUCUUGUAUGCCUUAAGAAUCACUACUACUGUUGCCUGUAACAUGGACCUGUCAAAAUACCCUAUGGACACACAAACAUGCCGACUGCAGCUAGAAAGCUGGGGCUACGAUGAGAACGAUGUCACCUUCACCUGGCUGAGGGGAAACGACUCCGUGCAUGGCAUCGAGAAGCUGCGGCUCUCCCAGUACACAGUGGAGCGCUACCACACCCUGGUCUCCAAGUCACAGCACGAGACGGGCAGUUACCCACGGCUGAUAUUACAGUUUGAACUGAGAAGAAAUGUCCUUUACUUUAUUUUGGAGACCUAUGUGCCCUCCACUCUGCUUGUCAUGUUGUCUUGGGUUUCUUUUUGGAUCACACUGGACUCAGUGCCUGCAAGAACCUGCAUUGGAGUUACAACAGUGCUUUCUAUGACAACUCUGAUGAUCGGCUCACGAAGUUCACUUUCAAAAACCAACUGUUUCAUUAAGGCCAUUGAUGUUUAUCUUGGCAUCUGCUUCAGUUUCAUCUUUGGUGCCCUUGUGGAAUAUGCAGUGGCUCACUACAGCUCAUCACAGAAGAGUGCAGCUAAAGUACCAGAAGAGGGGCCUGCAAAUGAACUGUCUGAAGAAAUAGAAGAAGUUAACCUCACCAACAUCUUCAACAAUUCCAUCACCAGCUAUAAACAGAAAAUCAGCUUCACAAGCAUUGAGAUUUCCAGUGAUAAUGUUAACUGCAGUGACUUGACCAUGAAAAGUCAUGAGAAAAUCAAGGGUGUCUUGAGAAACAAAAUGCACAGGAUUAUUGGUUAUUUCACAAUUCAGAACCCUGGCAACGUGGACCAUUACUCCAAAUUGCUUUUCCCUUUGUUUUUCAUGGUGGUCAAUGUGUUUUAUUGGGCUUAUUAUCUAUAUUUUUAGUAGAAAUUAGUUGCUUCAUUCUCCUAUUUCAGCAGGAGAGGAAUUGUGCCACUGGGUGCAUCCAGGUACCUAACUUCAGUGAAUUCAAUGUGGACAAAAAGCUUCCUUGUGUUUCCUGAGGUACCCAGCAGAGGUGUGUGAGAUGGGCAUGCAUCAGCAGCACUGACUCUGACAGCAGCUGUUCAGCUGAGUGGCUGUUCUGGGCUCUUCUGCUCAUGCCUGCAUUUCAUUCCACACCUCACCUGGCUGGAGAUGGGUGUGCAGAAUUCCACUGGCAGCUACAGAGAACUACAGAGGGCAGAAUUAUUUUGGUACCUUGGAACCUUAGAGUUGACAUGUCCCAGAGGAUGUAUAGGAUAAUGACUGUUAUUUUUUGUUUGCCAGAGAGAACAGAGGGACUGUGAUUGUUGCCUCAAUAGAUGCUCUGUUGCAGUGAGAGCCCUGAAGCAGCAGCAGUAGCUUAGUGCAGUGCAGCAAAGGGAUGCUCCCGUGCAUGGUGCUCCUUUGUUCCGAUUGCUGCAGUGCCAGCAAAGUGAUUGGGUACUGCACAGUGGUGCCUCACUGCAUUCAACAUCUGUCACUCACUGAGGUAACCCUCACUUGCUGAAGUUCUCCACUCCCAAGACACAUGGAAGGUUGUUGUUUGUAGAGCUGCAUUUUUUCAGAGAUUUGGGAACGUGAAAUAGAGGUAGCAAAAUCAUUUUGUAACCCAUCUCUUAUACCCUUCCUGCUAUUUUGCAGUUGAACAGAUUCUACCACUUUCCAUGUCUUCCUCACAAAUUAUUUUUUGUCCUGGAGAGUGUUACCUUCAGCCUUCACUGCUACAAGCAGCUCUCACUCCUUGCCAGCCAUAGGUACAAGUGGCCCAGUUGUCAUUCUCUCCUUUUAUGUGCAGCUGUGGCAAGUCAGCAGUGCUGCUGGGUGAAAAGCACACUUGGGUUGGAGUAGGCUAGUCUAAAUCAUCCUUUCACUCUCUAUUUUAGACUGAAAGACUGUUACUUUUUGAGAAAAAUCAUAUUCUAAUCGGGCUCUGGAAACUGCCCAAAGUCAGCUUUGUUUAUCCUGCAAUCAACAGGAAUCAGGGUUUUCUUUUAAAGAUAAAUGACAUGUGGGCACACAGUUACAUUAAAAACCAAUUGCCAUUUGGUACUGUACAGCUUAAGAGUACUGGAAGCCUUUAUUUGCUGAUUGUAAAAUGAACAUGGUAUGGCAGAUUGCCCCACCCCAGCACCCUUUUUUUGGUCUGUGCUGCUUUCAUCACUGAGAGGCGGCAAUCCUGCAGUUAUGUGGGCAGAACUGGAAUUGCCUGCAGUGGCUCCAUUCAGCAGUUCUGGUUGGGUGAGGCCUCUCAGUUUGUAACUAAUGUUACAGUCUCAGCAGGCAGUGUUUGCUUAACUUAAGGAUCUUUUCUUGUGGAUUUCCAGAGAAGGUGAGCAGAGCAUGUGAAACUAUAGAUUUUUUACUUUAAUAUCUUUUUAUUGAACCACUUCACCAUGCUGUACUGUGAGGAAUUUAACCCACAUAUUCAUAAAUCAUCACUUUUACAAAGAGCAGCACAAGUAGACAGAGGGGAACAGGCUGACAAUGGCAAGUGGAUAAACACAAACUCCAAUAAUGAAGUGUUGGCUUGUAUAUACUGGCAUUUGAAGUCCAUUCCAUUAAAUGUAAUAAAGUGAAUGUUUGUGAUAUGAACACAACCCCUCAGAGAGAUUCUCUACUAAAAAAAUCAUUAUCUCUUCUC